AGUGUACGUUUUUGUUAGUGUACGUGUUUGUUGUGUCUGUGUACGUAUAAUCUUCAUGCAAUAAACGGUUACAAACGGUUACACACUUUUGUAUCUCAACCGUUGGAACACUUUCGCACUACCCACCGCGUCCGUUACGGAAUUUCCUUAUUUAAGCCACAUCUCCUCCUCAAUUUUAUCCACGUUCCUUCAAACGAAAACCCUUUCACAUUCGGCAGUUACAUCAAUCAAACACAAAGUCUUUCGAUUGUUCUUGCUAACCGUGUGAUGGCCGGGUAUCACACCAUCUCCGAAUUGUGUCCUCAGAUCACUGGGUGGACAAUUUGUGUAUUUGUCGUGAGAGUGUUUAAGAAGUUUGUUGCGCCCAACAUCUUCGAACUCGGCCUAAUCUUGGCAGAUAAUUCGGUAGUUUCCCUGUGCCGUGUUUGUGUUUUUUUAUCAUACGUUAGGUUCAAUUCUAUAUAAAUCUGUUAUAUAUCAUAUUCUGUAGGGAUCCCGUUCCCGUAUCGAGGCCACCAUUGAUCGUCGCCUUGCUCCUUUUUACAUAGACCGAAUCAAAGAAAAUGAGUGGAAAAUUGUGACCACUUUCUUGGUCCGUAACGUCGCUGACCCAGUGAGAGCAACAUCUCAUGACUACGGCAUAUGGUUUAUGGAUCGGACCGUCGUUACUAACGCCUUACGAAGGGACCCAAUAUCGUUUUACGAUUUCACUCAAUUCGACUACAUUUUGGAGAAAACAGUUGAUAAGAAAGUUUUAGUCGAUGUCAUUGGAGCGUUGUUGGAGGUUGGCCACUUGACCGGAGACUUCUACGGUCUCAAGCUUCCUUUCAAGAUCAAAGAUAGAUACAACGAAGUUUUGGAAUGCGAAGCACACAAUGAACAGGCGUUGGAAUUCCAAACCUUCUUUCGGAGUCUAGGUCAGCGCAAUGUUGUUGUCGCACUCGUGUUCUGGCGUUUAACCGACAGAGCUAAUCCUAAGGUUGUGAGUCAUGGUCCUGUGUCAAAGGUCUUUGCCGAUCCGGACACACCGGAAGUGGAAGAGAUCAAGCAGGUCGUUUUUUAGAUAGGGGGAUUUGUUUUCCCCAGUCUUCUUAUUAUUAAUGACCAGAUUUAUAUUAAGUAUUGUAAAACUACAUAAACUUGUUGUCGUUUUCUAAUUACUUGAAUUUGUAUAA